AUGGCCGCCAAUCCGGUGGUACCGCCGCCGGCACUUCAACCACCAGACCAGCAACUACCUUUGUCUCAUGGGAAAGGUUCUUCUAGACCUUCUUUUGUGUCGAUGGUAGGAGCCAAAGUGUCUACCAAGCCUCGACUACUACCCGUUCCUUUGGCGUCUCGCGCCCCUGUUUCUAUAGGUAAUGCUCCAGCAGUUUUGUUCUCUCCGGUGGAGGUUGACCAACUGAAUAAACAAGUCGCCAAUACGAUUAUCAUGAAAUUUUCUGUUGGUCGACCUAGUUUACUAGAAAUUCGUUCUCAUAUUUUGUCGGAGUGGAAACUUGAACAUGAACCAGCCAUUGGUUUGCUUGAUCCACGACACAUUACGAUUCAUAUGGGUUCCAUAUCUGAUGCUAAAUUAGCCCUCGCUCGUCACAGCAAAAUGAUCAAGAAUUGCAUGUUUCGUCUAUUCCGUUGGACACCUGAUUUUCAAAUUGGUAAGGACAGUUGUAUUGCUCCGGUUUGGGUUCGCUUUCCAAAGCUUCCGAUUCAAUAUUUCAAUAUCUCAUCAUUGGAAAGGAUUGGGGCGUGUCUUGGUACUGUACUGAGUGCUGAUGAACGCACUCUUGGUUUCACACAUCAAAUGUACGCGAGGGUCUGCAUAGAGAUCGAUGUGUCUCAACCAUUCCCACAAGAAAUAUGGAUCGGCAUUUCAAAGGAUCAAGGUUGGUGGCAGAAGGUAGAGUAUGAAGGCAAUAUAGCGUAUUGCUCUUAUUGUGGAUUAGUGGGGCAUACGGCAGGAUGUUGUCGCAAGAAUAUUCGUGUAACUAAACUUCAAAGUGUGCCAAAACCUAAAACAAAAAUGGAGUAUGUUCCGAAGAAGCUGGAGAUACCGUUGGGAGAAAAUAAGGAGCUUUUGGCUUCGGAAAAGGUAGUUGGGACAACUGGUGAGGCUUCCGACACGAAUAAUGCUGACAAGAUUUCGAACAAGUUUAAUUAUCCUGUGCAGAUUUUAAAACGCUCAGAUGUUGACCCUUCGAGAUUGGCUGAUAUGAAGGAAGUUCUAAAGGGCACGGGUCUGCUUAGUGACGAGGAGACGGAAACCCCAAAAUCUAUGUCGAGUUCACACGGCAACCGUUUUGCUCUUCUUUCUAUGGAGAAUUUCGGUAAUGGGGAACAACAAGUGGCAAAAAAUGUUACACAAAUUCAUGUUGACGCACAACAGAUUUUUUCUAACAGUGAAAAAUUGUCUAGUCCAUCUCGUCUAGACUUGGGAUAUCAAUUGGCAGGCACUGAGGAAAAUCAAAUCACGGAAAACCAUUCCCUGGGUACGGUAGUUGAUGUUCAAACGGCUGGACGUGUUGAGGAGAUUAAUGUUGUGCUUCCUAAUUUGUCGACGGGUUCUCUAGCAGCUAAACGACUGGAUGUGGGUUAUCAAUCAGAUACGGGGGAGAUUAAGAAUAAGGGUACACUGUGUGUUUUCUCUGAUAAUGAGAAUGAUAAGGUGGAAAAUGCGCACGUUAUGCAAGUUGUCGAAAAACGAAAACCAGGGAUCGGGAAACCGGAAUCUUUGGCGUAUUUUUCACAAUGGAUUCGGGAGCAUAAACCAGGUGUUAUAGGGAUUAGUGAACCGAAGCAAAUUAACGAUAAAAUUGGUGGCUAUGCUCGUAAACUUGGGUAUCCAAAUUACCAUGCAGUUACGGAUCAGGCCAUUACCAUGAUGGCUCACGGCUUGAUUUCUUCUACAUGGAUUACCUUUGUUUACGCCAGUUGUAAUAGAGAUGAGCGACGUCAAUUAUGGGAUACUAUUCUUUCGCUGAGUGACGUGUGCACUGGAUCAUGGAUUGUUGGAGGUGACUUUAAUAUUAUUCUUCAUCUUGAUGAGAAAAAAGGAGACAAUCAAAGAGGUAGUCGAAGAAUAUGGGAGCGGCUGGAUAGGAUUCUCAUUAAUGGUGAGGCACAUGUUUCGUUGCCUUCGAUUGAGGUUCAUCAUCUAGCGCGGGUGGGUUCGGAUCAUGCUCCAUUGCUGAUGGUUACGGGACAACAAUUGAAACAUAAGAGUCGAUUUAUGUUCCAACGUAACUUGGGUUAUCAGUUGCAACGUCGUCUUUCUUCCCUCCGUAAGAAGAUCAAACAAUGGAAUUGGGAGGUUUUUGGCCAUCUCUCUGUUACUAUUCAUACUCUUCAACUGCAGAUUGCCGAUAUGGAGAAGUCGUUACAAAUUGGUUGGUCUGAGCAAUUGGAGAAUAGUUUGGCUGAUCGUCGGAAUCAAUUAUCUCAACAGGUGGCAUGGAAUAAUGAGCUGCUGCAACAAAAAACUCGAGUUAAGUGGAUUGAAGAGGGGGAUCGCAACUCAGCAUUUUUUCACUCCACUAUCAAGGACCGUCGACGUAAAAACCGUGUGGUUCUUACUAACGAGGAUGGGUCUAUGGAAACCAAUUCUAAAAAAAUUGGGGAUAGAGCGGCUGCUCAUUUUGCUGCGCUAUUUUCAGCAUCGACUUAUUAUAUUAAUGAUGAGCUAUUUCAGGAUUACCCUCGUACGAUUACGGCAGAAAUAAAUUCAAUUCUGACAUCUAUUCCUACCGAAGAGGAAAUUUGGGCAACGGUUCAGCAGCUUAAUCCGGAUAGUGCGCCUGGUCUUGAUGGAUUUUCGGGUCAUUUUUACGUAGGAUGUUGGUCGAUUGUGAAGCAUGAAGUGAUUUCGUUUAUUCAAGGUUUUUUCAUGGGAGAUCAGUUGAGCCGCUCAGUUACUAUGACCUCUCUGAUUCUUUUACCGAAGGUGGAGUCGCCCAAAGGUUUUGGUGAUUUUCGUCCGAUUAGUUUGUCUAAUUUUACUAGCAAGCUGAUAUCCAAAAUUCUUGCGAACAGAUUAUCUCAAUUUCUUCAUUUAGUUAUUAACGAGGAACAAGCCGGUUUUAUUAAGGGUCGGAGCAUACAUGAGAGUAUUAUUCUAGCACAGGAAUUGGUGGAAGAUUUUGAUCGACGAACUCCUGGAGGUAAUCUUAUUUUUAAAGUCGAUAUGUCUAAAGCUUAUGAUCGCUUGGAGUGGCGCUUUCUUAUUCGAGCUAUGCGUAAUAUGGGUUUCAAUGAGCAGUUCAUUGACCUCAUUUAUCGUAAUAUCUCGAAUAUAUGGUAUUCAGUUUCAAUAAAUGGAGAUAAUUAUGGUUACUUUAAGUCUUCUCGAGGGGUUCGGCAGGGGGAUCCUUUAUCUCCUAUGCUUUUCAUUCUCGCCCAACAAAUUUUAUCUCAUAAUCUGAAUAAAUGGCAAAGAAACGGCACCAUAUUUCCUUAUAAGGUAGGUCGUGGUGGGCUCAGCGUAUCUCAUCUUUUUUAUGCUGACGACAUGCUCUUAUUUACCAAUGGAUCUAAACGAUCGCUGCACCAUUUCAUGAAGCUGCUGAAGGAGUAUGCCAAAUCUUCUGGGCAAGAAAUUAACUUUCAAAAGAGUGGCGUGUAUACUCCUAAACGGAUGUCACAGGAACGUGAGCACUUGGUAUCGGUUUGGACGGGUUGUACUGUGAAGAAAUUACCGCUGCAAUACUUGGGAGCUCCGAUAGUUAAAGGUCAUAUUCGCGCUUCGUAUUUUGAUUUAUUACUUCAUCAAAUUGCUGUCAAACUAGAUGGAUGGAAAGCUAAAUUGUUAUCAUUUGCUGGUAAAAUUACCUUGCUCAAAUCCGUUUUAUGCAGUAUGCCCAUACAUACAUUAUCUAGUGUGGUUGUUCCGAAGAUGGUGAUUUUAAAGAUUGAGCGUUUGAUGAAGACUUUUUUAUGGUCGAAACAAGGGAAUCGUCGUACCUCGUGGGUUUCUUGGCAUUCGGUUUGCAAACCUGUUAGUGAGGGAGGUCUAGGUAUUCGGUCUUUGGUUGAGACAAUGCAUGCAUUAAGGGGUAAAUAUGCUUUUCAAUUGAUGCGAAAACAAUCGCUUUGGGCUCGGGUUAUUCUGAGCAAGAUUCGAGGUAAUCUUUAUGGAUCUCUACCUAUAUUAAGCUCCAAAAUGUUGAAAGCUAUUUGGCCUCAUAUACAGGUGCUGCGCGGUCAUAGUCGAUGGAUUAUUGGGGAGGGGCAAAUUGAUUUUUGGCGAGACAAUUGGCUCGGGACCCCUAUCGACUCGGAUUUUACUGGUGAAUUAUUUUCCGUGAGUGCAGGUAUGCACAUGAGAUCUCAUCUUGCUGAUUUGGUUUCGUCGGAAAUAUGGGAGAGAAUUAAGUUAAUUCAUAUUCAACCGGAGCAUAAGGAUGAAUUAAUAUUUACAAAGACUCUAUCUGGGCGGUUCUCGGUUAGCAAGUAUUGGGACUUACGACGGCAACGUGGGGUAGUGGUCGAUUGGGCAGAUAUAGUUUGGAACAAAUAUACCCCUUUUCGUCUUAAUGCGUUUAUGUGGAGAUUUCAAUGGAAUGCUCUUCCUCUUGACGACAAAAUUCAAACACGCGGGAUUCCUCUUGUGUCUCGAUGUUUAUGCUGUGUCUCUCCCCAAACCGAGAAUAGAAUUCAUUUAUUUUUUCGAUCUGAGGUGGCUAUAGCAGUAUGGAGAUAUUUUGCUCACAAAUUACAUAAACCAUACAUUGGUUUGAUUGGCUUUCAAUUGCUUCGGAAUUGGUUACAUGAUAUUCGGAGAGACACUCAGCUCGGUAUUGGCACUUUGAGUCUCUUUUUCUAUAUUGUUUAUGAAAUAUGGAAAGAUCGAUGCACGGCAUUAUUUCAAGAUAUCCCGAUGAAUGCUUCUCGUAUUAUCAAGAAGGUGGAGUUCCAAUUCACGAUUCUUAGCGGGAUUUCACUUCCUCGUACACCAGGCAAUCCGAGGGAGCAGCAAGUUUUGGCUAGGUUUCAUAUUCCAUUGCGUCAGGUUUCUUCGCGAAAAGGCAGUUGGGUGGUUUGGCAUAAACCUGUGAGUAAUUGUUUGAAGAUUAACACGGAUGCGGCGCAUCGACCGACUACCUUGGCAGGAGCUGGAGUAGUCAGGGAUAAUAAUGGCGAAUAUCUCACGGGAUUUACUUUAUAUUUUGAACAUACGUGGUCGGUUUUAUAUAUUGAGAUUUUUACGAUAUUGCAUGCGAUUGUCUUUGCUGGGGAAUAUGGUUUUUCGCAAGUGGUGGUGGAAUCGGAUUCUGAAAUUGGAGUCAAAAUGAUUAAAGGUCUGACGGAUCCUCAUUGGGAAGUCAUUCAGCUGGUUCGUCGAUGUCGUCGAGCUAUUUUUCCUGGGCUACGUAUUCAAUCUUGUUUCCGCGAACAAAACCGUGUAGCUGAUGCGCUUGCCAAGGAUGCUUUGAUAUCUAAGAAAACGGAAAAUGGUGUCACUUCGGAAUCCCUUCC